AUGAGCCGCACCGAGGACGGGAUAUCCGACCGCAGCCGCAUCCGCAGACUAAUAUGGCUCAACGGCUGCUACGGUCACUACGGCUACUAUGGCUACUACGGCUACUCUGGCUACUACGGCAACUAUAGCUACUAUGGCUACUAUGGUUACUACGGCUACUAUGGCUACUACGGCUACUCUGGCUACUACGGCAACUAUGGCUACUAUGGUUACUAUGGCUACUAUGGCUACUAUGGCUACUACGGCUACUAUGACUACUACGGCUACUCUGGCUACUACGGCAACUAUGGCUACUAUGGCUACUAUGGUUACUACGGCUACUAUGGCUACUAUGGCUACUAUGGCUACUAUGGCUACUACGACUACUAUGGCUACUAUUGCUUCUACGGCUACUACGGCUAUUAUGGCUACUAUGGCUACUAA